CCAGAAUUCGCGUAGGAGGGGUCUGAGGUCCAGUCCUAUAGACUGACAAGGCUGUGGGACUCUUGCGUCCGGGACCUACCCGUAGGCUGGGGCGGCCUCUGGGACAUUAGCUACGCGGAGGCAGAUGGACUCUUGCUGUGUUUCCCAGGCUGGUCUCAAACUCCUGGGUCUCCAGGGAGCCUCUUGCCUUUGUCUCCAGAGUAAGGCUAUAGAAUUUUCCAGGAGAGAAUCUUCAUUCAGAGCUUUGCUGACAACCAAAGAUGGCAAACAAGGGGCCCUCAGCCUCUGCAUCCCCUGAGAACUCCAGUGCAGGGGGACCCAGUGGGAGCAGCAAUGGUGCUGGUGAGAGUGGAGGGCAGGACAGCACAUUUGAGUGCAACAUAUGCCUGGACACAGCCAAGGACGCCGUCAUCAGCCUGUGUGGCCAUCUCUUCUGUUGGCCGUGUUUACAUCAGUGGUUGGAGACCAGACCUAAUAGACAGGUGUGUCCAGUUUGCAAAGCUGGCAUCAGCCGAGACAAGGUCAUCCCUCUCUAUGGCAGGGGCAGCACUGGGCAGCAGGACCCCAGAGAGAAGACCCCUCCUCGUCCUCAAGGCCAGAGGCCAGAGCCAGAGAAUAGAGGGGGAUUUCAAGGAUUUGGAUUUGGAGAUGGUGGCUUCCAGAUGUCUUUUGGAAUUGGAGCAUUUCCUUUUGGGAUAUUUGCCACAGCAUUUAACAUAAAUGAUGGACGACCUCCUCCAGCUGUUCCUGGGACGCCCCAGUAUGUGGAUGAGCAGUUCCUGUCACGCCUUUUCCUGUUUGUGGCCCUGGUGAUCAUGUUCUGGCUCCUGAUUGCCUAAUGCCAGGCUCCUGUCUAUAUUCACAGCAGGUCCUCAGAACUGGUGAUGUGCUACCCAUACUCCUGGUGUUUGGCUUCCUGGCUAACCCUGACCUCUGGAAUCAGUGGGGUCAGUAACACUUCAAGGAGUCUUGCUCUUUCAUCAGAGCUGUGGAACUCAAGACCAGUUGGCGAGUACUCCCAAGUAUCACCACUGCUGUAAUCACCCUUCUAUUAUCUCAGGCCUUGGUGUUGAGUCCCCAUUCAUGGGUGGUACCAUGAAAUCCUGUUCCAGCCAACUCAGCGGGUCCUGAUUCUGCACAGGGAAGAGGUGGGAAGAAAGAAACUAUCAGAGUGCAAUUUCAUAGAAGUUUUAUACAAAAACAAAGGGAUGAACCAAAUGGUAUUUAUGAAAUUUUUCUUUCAUCUCUUUAAAUCCCCUUGGUAAGUAGCCUCUGAAGCCAGUGGAACUCAUUACAGAGAGGUUCCAGAUCCCAGUGCUGCUCUGUCCUCUCCCCACCCCCACCUCUUCCUCAGCAGAGACACAGAAUCUACUGUCCCAGGAAGAUCAUAAUCACAGCAGCUGAAACUGAAGUCACUUCAUGAAUUCACCAGAGACCCAGCGAUCCCAAGGCCCUACGCCUUACUCUUUGGCCCCAGAGAGCAACUUGAAUGACCUCUUCAUUUCCUGGUGUAGAUUGGUCCUUGUGAGACACGUUACUUCACUCACAGAUUUCCCAUCAGCUUUCCCCUUAAAACUGUACAUCUGUGUCUCUCUACCAGAGGGCAAAUAGCCUACACUAUGGCUGAAUCCAGGACUGACUACUGUGCAUUAGGAAAGACUUGGAGUUAGGCCUUCUGUGGGAUUCAGAGCUUUGAUGCAGGAACAAGUAGCCCUAUUCCCUAGGCCACAGAAGCUCUGAGUGCAUUCUCUCCCAGAACUUGCCCAGAGGAAACUGGAGGCUUUGUCAGGUCGGCCUAGCUGCAUGUGGAAGUUGACCACCUCAGAAGCCAAACUGUCCUAUUCGAAGAGGCAGGUUGGGGAGAAACUCAUCUGUGACCCUGAUUUUGGUGUGGCUUGCUAGAGUCCCUUGAAAACUCCUUGUAUGUAUGCUAAAACUAAGGAAGCAUGUGCCUCCUAAUCAGGCAACCUCUGAUGAUUUGUAAAGCCAGGUAGCAGGGCCCAGGGAAUCUCAGCACAAUAGUGUGAUGUGAUGACGAUCUUUUCUGUAAAAUCCAGGGGAAAUGAUUCUUCCUAAGUCCUUGUUGUGUUUUUUUUAUUUCAAAAACCCUCUUAAUUUGAUUGUAGGAGUGUGGUGCUAGGCAGGUAGGACAGUUCACCUGGUGGGAUAAUUCUUGUUCUUCCCACCAGGCUUCAUCUAAUCUAAUUUUCUAGAGACAUUGGUGGUGAGGGGAUAUGAACUUCUGGGGCCUCGGGCUCACUUUUAUUGUCUACACUGUCCUGGUUCACCACUAGCAAUAGACAACAAAUAGUAGAAAAGCCUCACCUGGUGCUUUUUUUUUUUUUUUUUUUUUUUUUUUUUUUUGAUAUGGCUCUGCAUAAUUUAAGGAACCAAGACCUUGAGGAUGAUAAGGGAAGCCCUCCUCCCCUCUGCAUGGUCCCCACCCCUUCUUUGCACCUGCCAAUGCCAGAGUUCAGUGUUUAAACAGAUAAAAUAUAAAGUAUUGAGUAAGUGAUUCUUUUGCUGAAUCCACUUGGUAGGAAUAAGCCACCAGCUUUACAAUGUGCCUGAUGGAUUUUAAAUAUUCUUGGGUACCCCCACAAGAAUACUCUUUAAUCACUUUCUGGAGAUUCCCCAAAGUCUCAAGGGCUCCUGAAGUAUCUGCUCUAGGGGCAAUAGAUAGCAUCUCUCAGUGCAGUGGCCCCAAAUAGUGGAGGGAGAGAGAAAUUCAGUCAGACAAACAGAAAUGGGUUUCCAGAAGAAAGAUAAAAGUUGUGGGUAGGAUGACAACUCAUUUGGAUUCUUUAAUGAAUUAGAGUGAGCCCAGGAAAGCUCUACCAGCAAAGGUAUCCCAGGAACCUGUUAGCAAAGCCAGGUUGGCUGUGUGCCCUUUAUAAACCUUAUAGGUCCCACUCAUCCUCUGCCAGGCUCUGGGGCAGGAAAGCCAACUUGGGACUGUUAGCCCAGCCCUAACAGGACCCAUUUCCACCAUCCCUCUGACGGCUGCCAAGGCAGCUUUCUUUUAUAUAUGUUUUCUGUGCCCCUCAGCCUCCACACUCCUGUCACCCUCGUGGACUAGGACCCAGUCUUAACCACAAUCAGAAAAUGGCAAUAUGUACAGUGGCACACCUGACCAGUCACUGAUUUUCACUGUUGUGAAAGUGAUUCAAUUUAGAAUUAAACAAAUGGUUUUAUAUUAC